AUGGCCUCUCCACCACUCCCGCCGGCAAAGCCGUCGCGACCAGUCACCUUGAAGUUGAAGCCUCCAGGAUCAUUCUCGAACUCGUCGAACGCCCGUCCCUCCUCCAUAAGUUCCUUACCACUGGUCGGCACGCCAACAGCCAUGUCACCGCCGCCUGUAUCGGCAGGUGGCACCAAGAUCAUCCUCAAACGAUCCCAGCCGUCGACGCCUGCAGCCGUUUCCGACCGCGCUUCCAGCUUCUCUGGAGCCACCGCCACCCCCAACGUGGCCCGAACACCGGCCUCUGCUUUCCCGUCAAGUAUGACUAUGACUCAGAAGGGACGAGUCUCGAAGCCCACGGCGAAGAAACGCGCGAGAGACUUGGACGACAGCGAGGACGAGAACAAGCCCGAAAGCACGACCGCAGGGCCCCCAAAACGGCCCAAGCUGAUUGUGAGAAAGUCGAUGAAGCCCAAACCGGCAAGCAUCGUCCUCAAGCAGAUACCGAAGGAGAUCCCCCCUCAUUCCAGAGGAGAGGGCUACGACUCAGAGGAAGAAGACCGCGAGCCCGACCCGACCAUCGAAGAAGAGUUUGUUCUGCGCAUGCUCCCGGGUGAGCAUUGCGACUAUCUGCGAAGAAUGACGGAAGAGCGAAAGAUUGGUGUUCCCGUGAAAGAGGGUGGCGCAGACUUCCAAAUGAAAUGGCUUCCAGGCGUAGAACGACGCGCUCUGGUCACCGUUAACGGCACCCGCUUCGUUGGCGUGCUGGUCGACCUGCCGACAAUCACCGAGGGCAUGAAGACGUGGGAUAAGCGGAACUUUAUGAAGAGCGCCGAUAUCUGCCAGAUGCUGCUCGUCUUUGCCACUGUGGCGGACGAUGCGGAAGCUAAGAGCCUCCCUCUGCCAGCCAUGGUCACCAAGGACUACCGCUGGCCACACGGCCUGACGCCACCGAUGCACGACUGUAUCCACCGACGCUUCCGCAAACGUCUGUCCAAGAAGGAAAUCAAGGACAAGGAGGCAGAACUCCAGCGGCUGCUCAACGAGGAUAGGAUAGCCGUCGAGACCAAGUGGGAGCUUAUCGACGACGGCCGUGCUGCGACCGCAACGACAACGACGGCUGGAGCUGGCGGGGCUGGAGCUGGUGGCGAGUUUGAUGAUGGCGAGAUGGAAGAAGGCGAGGAAGACGCCUACGGCGAAGUGGACGAGGACUACUUUGGCCAACAUCAAGAUUCUGCCGCUCCAGACAUCGAUGACGCCGAGCUCGAGGCUAUGUUUAUGGAAGAGGACGGUGAUGGUGACACUGCAGCUGCCGCAGAGACGCCGACGACACAGACUGCCGCUACUGGUGCAGGGAAGCCAAGUGGAGGAAACGGUGCUGCUGGCGCUGAGAGCGAAGCGUCCGAUGCGGAUGCAGACGAGGACGACGAUGAAGAGGACGACGACGAUGACGAUGACAUGGACGAAGACCAGCUGGCCCAGGCCGAGCAGGUCAAGGGCGUGCGGGAAGACAUCAACGAGCUCAAGAAGCAGCUCCAGUUGUUGGACAAGAACCUGGCAGCAACGCAGAACAUGCUGUUGCGAAAGCGUAUCGAAGAGAACAAGAAGCGCGUCAUGUCGGAGCUGCGUCUAAAACAGGCCUCCAUUGGAGAGGUCGACGAGGAAGAAUGA